AUGGAGGAUAUAUUCAAAGUAAAGCAAGGAGAUACAGAAUUGCUUCGAGAAUUCAUAGACAGAUUCCAACGUGAAAGAAUAUUGCUACCAAGAGUACCUGAUAAUUGGUCAGCCAUGGCAUUUGCAAGUAAUUUAAACGAGAAAAGUUCAGAAGCUACGAGGAGGCUUAAAGAGAGCCUACAAGAAUUCCCUGCCAUGACAUGGAAUGAUGUUUAUAAUUGGUACAGUACCAAGUUACGGAUCGAAGAAAAUAUCGUAGCUCAGUCAAGGGCUGAUCAGAGGCUCGCAAAUAGAGAUUCAGGUUUGUCAUCGUCGAGAUUCAGAAAAGAUCGAGGUGAACGUAACAGAGAUGCUAAUACAAACGCAAGGAUUGGGGAGUACAAUUUUAACGUGAGUACCUCCGAGUUGGUCGCGGUUUUAAGAAGCAUGGGGGAUAAGGUACGAUGGCCUAAAGAGAUUAGAUCAAAUCCAAAUAGGAGAAACCCAGAGUUUUGGUGUGAGUUCCAUAAUGAUCACGGCCAUAGAACAUCAGACUGUAGAUUAUUACAAGGUGAGGUGGAACAUUUAUUGAAGCAGGGCUAUCUGACGGAAUUGUUCAGCGAGAAAGGCAAACAAGCUUACAUGAAAAAUAGGCAAGAGCCCCCAAAACCUCCGUCUCCAAAGAGAACAGUAAAUGUGAUAAACGGCGGAGAAGAAGUCAACGGCGUAACCUAUAUAGCCGCGAGAAAAACAACAAAGUUCACAAUAACUCACGGGAAGUAA